AGAGAGAGGAGGGGAGAUACGGUAAAGGACGUGAGAAGCCAAGCAGCCGUCAGAGGGGAGAGACGCCGAGAGGAAACCCGCAAGAACCACCAGAUUUAGCGAGAACAUCCGAAGAGCCUCCGUGAAACGACCGGAACAGCGACGCUGACACCGACAGAGGCCGUUUCUAAGAGCGCGAGCGAGUUCCCAUAGUUGGAAGUUAGCCCCGGGUAGUUAGUUACUUAGUUAGUUAGUUAGUUAGUUAGCACUUUUUAAUAGGAGUUUAAAUAGUGGGCUAACGUGAAAGUGAUAACAAACUAGCUAGCUACAAACACAGGGGCGUUUAAAGCGUAGAGAGGUUUCAGAGGCGCCGGUGACAAGCCGUGAUUUCUGGACUCACCUGCUGCCCGGACUCUCUCCUCCGCCACCUCCAGACCUCCAGAGCUCCAGAGCUGGACCCCGGGGUUCUUAUUUAGCAAAGACAGAAAACACACAGCCCAGUGUAAAUAGUGUGAGUGUGGCGAAGAGCAGGAGGAGAGGGAGAGUAGCACGCCAGGCACAAAGAGCAUCCAGAGAGGGGAGGCAGGAGGACGGCACCGAGGGAGGACAACAACGGGGACCUGACGGAGGAGAGCAUCCCUCGUUUCAGGCAACACUUUGCCCAGAAGCAACAUCUGCACACGACUGGUCCAGCAUCAGUUGCUCCUCUUCUCCAGGGAUACCUGCUCCUGAUCUGUUUGCCGCUCGGCUCUUGCAGUACCCAGUCGCCCUCUCCACUCUGUCCCAAUGAAGGAGGCAGACGCCAUCAAGCUGUUUGUGGGGCAGAUUCCCCGGAAUCUAGAAGAAAAGGACCUCAAGCCCAUUUUCGAGCAGUUUGGCAAGAUCUAUGAGCUAACUGUGAUUAAGGACAAAUACACUGGCAUGCACAAAGGAUGUGCGUUCCUGACGUACUGUGCGAGAGAGUCGGCACUGAAAGCCCAGAGUGCUCUACAUGAGCAGAAGACAUUACCAGGGAUGAAUCGGCCAAUCCAGGUGAAACCAGCUGACAGCGAGGGCAGAGGAGUUGGUCUCUCAGAGGACAGGAAGUUAUUUGUGGGCAUGCUGGGAAAGCAACAAAGCGACGAGGAUGUCAGAAGGCUGUUUGAGCCUUUCGGCAGCAUAGACGAGUGUACUGUGUUGAGAGGGCCCGACGGCACCAGCAAAGGGUGUGCUUUUGUAAAAUUCCAAGGACACACUGAAGCCCAGGCUGCCAUCAACAGCUUGCAUGGAAGCCGCACAAUGCCAGGAGCAUCUUCCAGUCUGGUGGUGAAGUUCGCUGACACGGAGAAGGAGCGGGGGCUGAGGAGGAUGCAGCAGGUGGCCUCCCAGCUCGGCAUCUUCAGCCCCAUGACCCUCAAUUACCCCGCCUACAAUGCCUACACACAGGCGGUCAACGCACAGCUUGUCCAACAGCAGGCCCUGGUUGCCCAGUCAGCAUACUUGUCUCCUGUGGCAACAGUUGCCGCCGUACAGAUGCAGCAGAUGGCGGCGCUCAAUGCCAACGGAAUCAUCGCCACACCCAUUACACCCAUCACACCAUCCUCGGGUACAAACACUCCACCAACUAUUGCAGCAACACCUGUGUCGGCUCUCCCUCCACCAUUAGGAGUGAAUGGUUACAGCAGUGUGCAAGCCCCAACUAAUGGACAACAAGCAACAGAAACACUAUACACCAACGGCGUUCACCCAUAUCAAGCUCAGAGUCCAGCAGCAUUGGACCCUUUACAGCAGGCAUACGCUGGUAUGCAGCACUAUACAGCGGCAUACCCUGCUGCCUACGGAUUGGUUGGGCAGCCGUUCCCCCAGCAGCCAACACUGGUUGCCCAGCAACACCAGCAACCCCAGCAACAGCAGCAGCGAGAAGGUCCAGAGGGGUGUAACAUCUUCAUCUACCACCUGCCCCAGGAGUUCAGUGACUCUGAGAUGCUGCAGAUGUUUCUGCCCUUUGGCAACGUCAUCUCGGCUAAGGUGUUUGUGGACCGUGCCACCAACCAGAGCAAAUGCUUCGGAUUUGUCAGUUUUGAUAACCCAGCCAGCGCUCAGGCUGCCAUCCAGGCCAUGAACGGUUUCCAGAUCGGCAUGAAAAGACUGAAAGUGCAGCUCAAAAGGCCCAAAGAUGCCAACCGGCCAUACUGAGUGACAACCGGGAGGAGGAAGAAGAAAUAAAGAGAGGUGACCCUUCAGAGUCCAGCCGAGGUGGAAUCCCAGGGUUCAUUGUGCUUUCAGGCUGUCUGCUACCUUUGAGUGUCUGGAGAGUGCUGCCACACACACACACACACACACACACACACACACACACACACACACAC